CACAAUCCUAGCUCAUCCUAUCCAAGACUACUGAUUUACAGGGGAACUAAGUAUGAAGGGAUUGCGUAGAUUGACAGCUUCUGCCAUGGCCCUGUUCCUUGCAGCUUCUUUCAUCUCUUACUCCUGGAGUGCUCCUCAGGGUCACUUCCAAAGAAGAAACUGGACUCCUCAGGCUAUGCUCUAUUUAAAGGGUGCACAGGGACGUCGAUUCAUCUCAGAUGAGAGCCAGAGGAAGGACCUCUAUGACAGAUUGCAGCUAGAAACACGCAGCCAAAAUACAAAUCCUAUAGCUCUGUCGGAGGCUGCAGAACUAUUUCUUAACUCCUUACGGAAAGCACAAGAAGCUGAAGAAGAAACCAAUGAUCACCCUGGAUACUUAACAGACAAUCUAUUAAACUGGUGAAAGAUUUCAAGUUGCAUCAACAUGCCUAUUCAUCUCCCUUGAACCCAUGGUCUAUGUAAGCAAAACAUUCUGAUUCAUCUGACUCCACUUGUGUUCUGAAGGAAUAAAGCUUGGACUCAUUUUUGCAUUUUGAAUGCAAACUGAUUAAAGGUUAUUGUUCAGCUAUGGAAACUAUUUUAAAUUUGAUUUCCUAUCUUAAACCACAUUGGAUGCCACCCAAAAUUUAAAAACCACUGGAACAUCUUAGCUUACAGGACCCAAACAUCAACAUUGAAUUGUUUUUGGUAAUUUUUCCAAAAUCUUCUCAUGGAAAAACUUUCACCAUAUUCCAGCCAACUCUGCAUGCAAACACUUUUUAAGCUAUGACAGCAGUUGACUCUGUAACCACCACAUUGCUGGUCCUGAAAUCCACCUGCAGUCUAUUGAUGUUCCAGUUAAAUCAAUGAAAUAUUAGAAUGCAUUUAGUAUAUGGGGCAGCAAAGCAGGUGAUU